ACCGGUGGGAAACAACCUUCUGUGGGCCUUAGGCGGUGGGGUUGAGACCCUUCGGGUCCCGCCCUUCCCCUCGCUCGCCCCUCAUCCACAGACAGGAGAGUUACACGUCGUGUUGAAGCAUCAUGGAACUUUUAGGUUCUACACUAACGGCAACUUAUGCCCACCCUAAACCAACGCCAACCAACUUUCUACCGGCUAUCAGUACCUUGGCAUCAAGCUAUAAAGAUCGCUUCCCCCACUCCAAUUUCACCCACAGCCUGAGCCUCCCUUGGAGACCAAGCACUUACUACAAAGCAGCCACCAACUCGCCAACCUUGGGUCCUUACAGCACUAGAUCUCAGAGGGUUUGUGAGAGUACCAUGGUCCCCUUUGUUUCCAACAGAACCACUCUCUUCACAAGGUACACACCUGAUGAUUGGUACAGGUCCAAUUUAACCAACUUUCUCGAAUCCAACACGUCUCGACACAAUUCAGAAAGACUCAGGGUAGAUACAUCUCGCCUAAUUCAAGACAAAUAUCAACAAAUAAGAAAAACCCAGGCUAACUCCACCCAAAAUUUGGGAGAACGGGUCAAUGAAAUAGGGUUUUGGAAAACUGAAAUUACUCAUGAGUUGGAUGGAAUGAUUGGAGAAACGAAUGAAUUAACUGAUGUUAAGAAAAAAUUGGAGAGGGCUUUGGUGGAAACAGAAGCUCCUCUUCAGGUAGGCCGAGAAUGUCUGUUUCAUCGGGAGAAGAGAAUGGGAAUUGAUCUAGUACAUGAUGAAGUGGAAACAGAACUGCUGACAGAAGUUGAUAUUAUUCUGUGUUGUCAAGAAAGGAUGAAGCUACAUUUGGAUAAGGCCAUUGCCCAACUUGCAGCUAACAGAGCUACCCAGCAUGAGUUGGAGAAGGACCUGAGUGAUAAACAGACAGCUUAUCGGAUUGACGAUAAAUGCCACCAUCUGCGAAAUACUUCGGAUGGCGUCAGCUUCUUCCGUGGGGUGGAGAAGGUUGAUGCAACGGUCUCAGUGCCCGAGUCCUGGGCCAGGUUUACGGAUGACAAUAUUCUCCGCUCUCAGAGCGAACGAGCAGCAUCUGCCAAGCUAAGAGACAACAUUCAGAACCUCUUGGUUGUGGCUGCCAAUGAGAUGUGGAAUCAUUUCAACAAAGUGAAUGUGGCUUUCACCAAUCGCAUUGCUGAGACUGCGGAUGCUAAAAAUAAGAUUCAGAUUCACUUGGCUAAGAUUCUGCAGGAGAUUUUCCAGACUGAGAUGACCAUAGAAUCCAUCAAGAAGGCCAUCAGGGAAAAGUCUGCCUUCCUGAAGGUGGCUCAGACAAGGCUGGACGAGCGCACAAGGAGACCGAACAUAGAGCUGUGCCGGGACAUGGCUCAGUUACGCCUUGUUAACGAGGUGUAUGAGGUGGAUGACACCAUCCAGACCCUGCAGCAGCGCCUGAGGGACGCAGAGGACACCCUGCAGUCACUGGUCCACACCAAAGCCACUCUGGAGCACGACCUGGCUGUCAAAGCCAACUCCCUGUACAUCGAUCAGGAAAAAUGCAUGAGCAUGCGCAAGAGCUUCCCCAACACGCUCCGGCUGGUGGGGUACUGUUAGGGACCCCAGUCGACCAGGUAUGGUACCCCCAGGAAGGAUGGAACAGUGUCUGUUCGUUUAAACUGAAUGCUGAUCUAUUCGCUUAUUAAAGGAUUGUAUUGGUAGAAAUGUACC